AUGGAGUACUGUCAAUUCCUUCAACCCACCAUGGCCCCAAUUGAGAUCCAUCUCGUCGACCUCGGCGUCGCUGAGAAAUCAAUCCCCGAAAACACCCCCGUCGUCAUGAUCAACCUCAUCAAAUUCAAGCCUCAAACGACAUACCCCAAGGGCUCCCCUCACUCCACGCUGUCCGGCCAGGAAGCCUAUCUGACGCGGUAUGGCGGCGCAUUCUUUCAACUCUCUGCGUCGAUGAGCUCGGACUCCGAGCAGCCCACGGUCAAGCCGUUGUUCCUGGGCAAGCCUCAGGCGAAUCUCAUCGCCGAGCCGUACGGCGGGAAGGACAUCUGGGAUAUGGUCGGGAUCAUCUGGUAUCCCAAUUUCGCGGCGUUCAGAAAAUUGCUGGAGAGCAAGGACUACCAGGAGCAGGCGCUGCCGCAUCGGCUUGCUAGCAUUGAGGAAUAUAGAUUGUAUGCCGCGACGGAGCUGAGUCUGUGA